CCGAUAUGCGAGGAAACACACACAAGUAGGCUAUCCUACACUGAAGUGUUUUCAGAUGGAAUUGUGCAAUCAUUUGUCCAAGGAAGCUGCCAAGGUCAAAUGUUCCCUCCCACGUCUGUCAACUUUCAGUUUCAAACAAAUUUGUAGGGAUUUAUUUUCGUCAAUAAACUAGACCAAGAAAGGACCUCCAUAUGCUGGAAUUAGGCCUACCAUGAACUAUGCAAACUGUUUUGUUCACGCAUUAUGACAGGUGGGCUAUUCAUUAAUGUCUCGAACUAUUAUCUCAUUAUCAGGGUCAAUAAGUUGGAAGUGUGCAUGUUCAUACCAUUUUAGGCUUCAGCUCAUAUUCUCUGCAAUUUGUGUGUCUGGGAGGGAACUUUUUUACCUUGGACCAAUGAACCAUUACUUUGAAUGGUAAAGGGGAUAGACAGGGUUGUUGGAUAUUUGGCUUUUGCCUCGAUAGCAGCCUGACCAAUCAAGUCGCUUUAUUUGUAGUCUUCUUGACAUGCAACGUUUUUCAGUUAAUCAAUUCGUUCCAUACUGUUAUAUGAUUAAAUGAGUCAUUAUCGGUCGAACGAACAACUUCAGGAGACCUCGGGCACGCACCCAUGCUCUACUCCAGGACGUGUCAUGUAAAGUCUCGGCAGACUAACCAAUUGAGGAGUUUUGUAAAAUAUACACGCUAAAGCUGUAGGGGAAGCUCUGCAAAGAAAUAUGCAAGCAUAAAACGAGCGAAAAUGAAAAGUGAAAGCGAGACCAGCGAUGAAAUCGCCGAUCCUGCAUAGUCUUAGCCUAGAAAUCUAGACGCCCCUAGCGGCAGCAAAUGUAAUUUGGCUGGCGGGGCAGUCUAGGCACGAUCCAUUGAGCCAGGGAGCUGAGAACCCCCAGCACCAGCGUUCCAAUCACAGCGUGUAUAGAGUCGGUGGGUGGGCUUAACAUAAUGGUGACUGACAUGCGACCAGAAGUUCCGACGGUAACGCAUCCUGUUAUUUGAAAACAAGAAGAUGAUUCGUUUAGCGUUAUCCUACUGCGUGGAGAGGGAAGGUUACGCAUCCUGCUACUUGAAAACAAGAAGAUGAUUCGUUUAGCGUUAUCCUAUUGCGGGGAGGGAAUUUGAAAGACAACUGUUUAUCCCACCCCUCCGAUUGCGCCCUGUCUACGGUGAGUGUCCAGACCCUACAUCUUGAUGUGGGUCUGGCUCGUCAGGCUAGCAUAGUCUGGUAUAGGCCUACCUUUAACCAACAUGGACUCGCGAGGGCGCUCGUAGCCUAUACCCAACACUAAACUCGUAGCCUACAUGACAUGAGCUGACAUUUGAAUUAGGAAAUACAUUUCUUGGCAGAAGAAUGAUUGUCUAUGAAUCACCUUUAUCGUUAUUGUGCCUUUGUUUCCUGAAAUCGUACCAAAUAUAGUAAUCGUUUUAGCAGAGAAGUUUGAAAAAUUAUCUUUCUGGAAAAAACAUAGAAACAUAAGUCCAAAAGUAGGUCCAGAAAAGGGCAAGCAGUUCAAAAUGGAUCACUGAUCACUAGGUAAGUAUUUUCACACUUAAAACAAUACAAAAUAGAUUAUUUACCUUAAUAUAAGAUAAUUACACUUGGUUAGAUUUCAUUUUUUGCAGUGUAGGAAUCCACCAGAUUGGGGCAGCAGCACAUAGGUUCCACAGGAGCGUGCCCCGGAAAAAAUUUCAAAGUCCGACUUCAUAGAGGACAUCUCAUUCGUCUAAUUGUAAGAGGAGACAAGACCGAGGAGGGAGGUGGAAGGCCCGAUAUGCAAGGAAACACAUGAGUGUCCUACACUGAAGUGUUUUCAGUUGGAAUUGUGCAAUCAUUGGUCCAAGCUGCCAAGGUAAAAUGUUCCCUCCCACGUCUGUCAACUUUCAGUUUUAAACAAAUUCGUAGGGAUUUAUUUGCGUCAAUAAACUGGAUAGACUAAAAAAGGACCUUUAUAUAGAUAGAGAGAUAGAUAGAUAGAUAGAUAGAUUGAAGGUAGAUAUGCUGGAAUUGUCAUGAAUAGGCUAUGCAAACUGUUUUGUUCACAUAGCCUAUUAUGACAAGUAUUCAUUCAUGUCUCAAGAACUUUAAAAUGAUCUCAUUAUCAGGGUCAAUAAGUGGUAAGAGUGCAUGUUCAUACCAUUUUAGGCUUACGAAUACGAAAACUUUAUUGUCCACAGAUUGUGAAAAUUUGCCUUCGGUUUCACCAAUACAAGGAUACAUGAAAGACAGGACAUUACAAACAGUGCAUAGCCAAGACAGACAACACACUCACUACAUUUCAUGAAAAGUGACAUUACAUUGGUUGGGUUUACAAAAGUGAUAAAUAAAUUAAUAAAUAGAUAAAUAAAUAAAUAGUAGCCUAUUUAAAAUACUUGACAAUAGCCUACUAUUCGUAUGUGUGUCUUUAGUAGCCUAGGCCUAUUUAGCACCUUCACAGCAUUAGGGACAGAGGAUGUUACAAGAUGUUAUAAGCUCAUAUUCUCUGCAAUUUGUGUGUCUAGGAGGGAACUUUUUUUUACCUUGAAAGCUUGGACCAAUGAACCAUUAGGCCUUGAAUGGUAAAGGGGGCAAACAGGGUUGUUGGAUAUUUGGCUUUUGCCUCAAUAGCAGCCUGACCAUUUUAAAUCAAGUCGUUUUAUUUUAAGUCUUCUAGACAUGCUUUAGCCAACAUGGACGAGCGAGGGCGCUCGUCCCCAACACUAAACUCGUAGUAGCCUAUUACAUGAGCUGACAUUGAAUUAGGAAAUAGCCUACAUCUCUUGGCAGAAGAAUGAUUCUUUAUGAAUCACCUUUAUCGUUAUUGUGCCUUUGUUUCCUGAAAUCGUACCAGAUAUGUAGUUGGCUAACCGUUUUAGCAGAGAAGGUUGAGAAAGGAUCUUUCUGGAUCUUUGGUUUUUGCGCUCUUGUUGUCAGAUAUGUUUGAACGAACGCUUCAGUUAGGCGCCAAGCUUCGCGCUUUCAUAGUCACACCCCUAACGUUUGGUUAGGCUAACUGAUCUACUAAACUUUGAAUAAUUGCUGCAAUGACCUGCAAGAAAGUUGAACUGUGCAUGGAUAUUGUUCUUUUGACUUUCCUCCCGUUUUUGCUUCAAAUGCUGUUCUCUUGUGCAAGAUAACCUUCAGAAGAUCAUGACAUCAUCUGAGUGCAUAUGUUUACUGAAAGCCUGCUGAAGUUUUGCCUCUUGCUCCUGUAUGCUGUCUGCGCCGUCGUGAUGAGUGCAUGUGGCCCUGCAGAGUAUAAAACUGGACAGGAGUGCUGCCCAAUGUGUGUCACAGGAUAUUUUGUGAAACGUGACUGCACAGAAUUUAGAAGCACCUCAUGUCUGCCAUGUCCAAACUCUACCUACACUGAUGUACCAAAUGGACUCUCCAAGUGCUUUUCUUGUUCAGUAUGUGACUCCAGUGUACUGUUGAAGGUGAAGAGGGCGUGCAGCUCCAUCUCAGACACACUGUGUGAGCCUCUGGAAGGACACUACUGCACUGACCCAAUCCAAGAUGGCUGCAGAGGAGCUGUGGAACACACAAAGUGCUCACCAGGACAGUACAUCAAUCAAACAGGCACUGCCUACACUGAUGCUGUGUGUGCUGAGUGUGUAGGAGACACGUACUCAAACGGAUCAUUUGCAUCCUGCAGACCACACACACGGUGUGAAUCUCUGGGACAGUACACGGGGAAGCCAGGAACACACACAGAGGACACUUACUGUGAAAACCGCCGUCGUCAUCACAUGCUGUUAUUGGCAGUGCUGCCCUUAGCUUGUGCUAGUUUAGUUGUUUUAGUAGUAAGGAGAAAACCGUAAGUUGUAUGUUGUGAUGGUGCAUGUAAAGACAGGGUAUUAGUGCCUUAUUAGUGCUGUUACAGAUAUAAGGAGCUUCACCAACGUGUAUUUGGUGUAUAUUAUUCCAGUAUUUGGGCUGGAAAACUUUUUAUAUUACAAUGAUUUAUUUUGACACAAAUUACAUUUUUUUACAUUGUCUAUAAUUCCUGAUAUAAUUCCUGAUCUUUUGUGAAUAAACAUGCCAUUGGUUUCUA